AUGCCGUACAACAACACCCCAAUUACUCCCUCGUCUGAGAUCACCGGCACCGUAUCCCUUCCUCUCGCCAGAGUCAAGAAGAUCAUCCACGCCGACGACGAUAUCGCCAACUGCUCAAACAACGCUGCUUUCGCCAUCACCGCUGCGACUGAGCUUUUUCUUCAAUACCUGGUUGAGCAGACUCAGAAUGUCGUCAAGGCUGAAAAGAAGCCCAGAAGAAACAUCCAGUACAAGGACGUCGCCAGCGCAGUUGCCCGUGUCGACAACCUCGAGUUUCUAGCCGAUGUCGUGCCCAAGACUGUCACAUACAAGGAGCACAAGGCUAGAAAGCAAAGAGAUGAGAAGGAAGCCGGCCAGACAACUCUCCCUACCGUCGCCACUACUGCUACUGCUACUGCUGUUCUCCCUGCCGAUGCUGUCAUUCCUGCUCAGUCCGACCCCGUCCCUGCCCCUGUCCAGGCACAACUUCUGGAUCCCAUGGACGAGACUUCUUGA